CAGCGUGUUAUGGUGGAGUAGUGGAAACUCCAAAAUGCCACAGAACGAAUAUGUUGAACGUCACCAAAAGCUCUAUGGAAGAAGACUUGAUUAUGAAGAAAGAAAGAGGAAGAAGGAGGCCCGUGAGCCUCACAAAAGAGCCCAAGUAGCUAAGAGUCUUCGCGGUAUUAAAGCGAAGAUCUUUAACAAAGAACGCAGAAAUGAAAAGAUACAAAUGAAAAAGAAAAUCAAAGCACAUGAGGAGAAGAAAAUCAAGAAGACGACUGAGAAAGUAUCUGAAGGAGCUGUACCUGUAUAUUUGUUGGACAGAGAUGUUCAAUCUAGAGCUAAGGUGUUAUCUAAUAUGAUUAAACAGAAAAGAAAGGAAAAAGCUGGUAAAUGGGAUGUGCCUAUUCCUAAAGUUAGAGCACAAGCUGAUGCAGAAGUACUCAAAGUAGUUAAAUCCGGAAAAACAAGAAGGAAAGCAUGGAAAAGAAUGGUUACAAAAGUUACAUUUGUUGGAGAGGGCUUCACCAGAAAACCACCAAAAUUUGAAAGAUUCAUUCGCCCCAUGGCACUUAGAUUCAAAAAGGCACAUGUAACACAUCCAGAACUGAAAGCUACAUUUUGUUUACCAAUUAUCGGUGUUAAAAAGAAUCCCAGUUCUGCAAUGUUCACUAGCUUAGGUGUCAUUACUAAGGGUACUGUCAUUGAAGUUAAUAUUUCAGAACUUGGUUUGGUUACUCAGGCUGGUAAGGUUGUUUGGGGUAAAUAUGCUCAAGUCACUAAUAAUCCUGAAAAUGAUGGGUGUAUAAAUGCUGUAUUGUUAGUUUAAUACUUCGUUACAUUGUAUUUUAUUGCUUUGAUUCAUUUUUUAUUAAUAAAAUUAUUCACAUAUAAAUA